CUUCCCCCUUCAAUUUUCCAUUCCCACCUUUCCUUUUCCCUCCUCACGUUUCUCCAAUUCACACGAAUGUUCCUUUCUCCAUUCACUCGCACCUUAAACUCUCUCUCUUCGUCUCCUUCUCCUUCAUUCAUCCAUUUUUACCUUUAAACCUUUUCUCCUCACUUUCCUUUUCCGCUAGGGUUUCCAUUCUUCUCCUAUGCUCACUCUCCGCCAUUCUGCUGCGCUUCUCCGCCUCUGAACUCUCGCCAAACCACGUCGUUGCUCUCCUCGCUCCCAUGGCUCAGUCGCGUUCCGCCGCCGGCGCAUGCAAGGGUGCCACGGCGGAGUUCCCGGCGGGGCUAAGGGUUUUGGUCGUCGACGAUGACGCCACCACGCUGAGGAUUAUAGAGCAAAUGUCAAUUCGAUGCCGUUACCGCGUUACCACGUGCACUGAGGCUACUGUGGCUUUGAAUCUUCUGCGGGAAAGGAAAGGUUGUUUUGAUGUGGUACUGAGUGAUGUUCAUAUGCCAGACAUGGAUGGCUAUAAGCUCCUUGAACAUGUUGGGCUGGAAAUGGACCUUCCUGUAAUUAUGAUGUCUGGUGAUAGUACAACAAGUGCUGUUAUGAAGGGAAUUAGACAUGGGGCUUGUGAUUAUUUGAUUAAGCCUGUACGUGAGGAAGAACUGAGGAAUAUAUGGCAACAUGUUGUUAGGAAAAUCUGGAAUGAAAAUAAAGAACAUGAUAAUUCUGGCAGCAUGGAAGAUAGUGAUUGGAAUAAACGGGGAAAUGAUGAUACUGAAUAUACUUCUUCUGUUGCUGAUGCAGCAGAAGUAGUUAAAGCACCAAAAAAGAGGAGCAGUUUAAAAGAAGAAGAUAUUGAAUUGGAGAGUGAUGAUCCAGCCACAUCUAAGAAGCCUCGCGUAGUGUGGUCAGUAGAACUGCACCAACAAUUUGUCAGUGCUGUGAAUCAACUUGGGCUUGAUAAGGCUGUGCCAAAGAGAAUUCUUGAAUUGAUGAAUGUCCCUGGUUUGACUAGAGAAAAUGUUGCCAGUCAUUUGCAGAAAUUUAGACUUUACUUGAAGCGAUUAAGUGGAGUGGCACAGCAACAGAAUGGGAUGCUAAAUGCAGUUCCUGGGACUAUAGAAUCCAAGCUGAGCGCUACUGGAAGAUUUGACAUACAAGCUUUGGCUGCUGCUGGCCAUAUUCCGCCUGAAACACUUGCAGCCCUUCAUGCUGAGCUCUUAGGUCGCCCUGCAACUAACAUAUUGUCUACAGCGGACCAGGCCACAUUGCUGCAAGCAUCCAUUGGGCUAAAACAUUCCCAUGCUGAACAUGCUGUGGCGUAUGGUCAGCCUUUUGUAAAGUGUCCUUCCAACAUUGGCAAGGAUUUUUCUCCCUCUUUCUUAACUGCAAAUGACAUGUCGUCAGGAUAUGGUGCAUGGCCAUCAUCUAAUAAUACAAUGGGUUCAGUGAGACCCAAUAAUAGCGAUGAAAGAGUGGGUACUCAGUAUAAUAACAUACUGAUGGAUAUAUUAGAUCACCAACAAAGGCAGCAACCCCAGCAAAAACAACAGCAGCACCAGCAGCAAAAGCAACAACAACAACAGCCUCUGAUACAUGAUCAGAGUUGUUCAAUCAAUGUUCAACCAUCUUGCUUGGUGGUUCCAUCUCAAUCCUGUGACACUCUACAGGCAGUAAACGGUUCUGCUUCUGUCAAUCAGAAUUGCAGUUUUGGCAUGAAUGCCGUUAUUGAUUAUAGUUUAUUGUCACAGAAAUCAAAUAAUUCAGUUAGUGCAUCUCAAUUUUCCGGUGGGGACACAAAAGCUCGAGCUGUUCUCUAUGCUCAUACUAUGCCCUCCACUUGUUCUAUGAGCUCCAUUAAUGGCAGUAUUCAGCAGCUUCAAAACUCUACUUUGACAUUUGGUGGUGCAAGACCUUUGCCUAGCCCUUUGCCCAUGUCUGAUAGACAAGAUCCCUAUGGUUUGAAACCAGGUGAUUCAUUUGAUCAAGUGUGCCUUAGGAAUAUUGGGUUUAUUGGUAAAGGUACCUGUAUUCCAAAUAGGUUUGUUCAAAAUGAAAUUGAAUCAUCUGUCAGUGAUUUUAGUCAAAUGAAAGUCAAUGUAGAUAGCACUGGCAACGCACUGAAGGAGGAGCCAAAUUUUAUAAGUAUGCAAAAAGUGAGUCGCCCAAUCGUUGAAAGAUAUCAAUCUUGUGAUCAUUCAAGUGUGUUUACUGAAUAGGUUGAAAUAUAUUUAGCGAGAGAAGACCUUUUCAUACAUGUACAAAGGUAAAAUCCUUCAUACCGAGUAAGUCUUCAUUGGGCAAUGAACCAAAUAGUCGUUUAAAAAGUUCUUUCCACGAAGGUACAGAUUGAUUCCUCAGUCUUAGAUGAGUAUUGUAACUAGCUUAUCUUCAUUGGCUCUACAAUAGAGUCCAAUGAAAGCUUGCCGAGUAUAAAGAAAGCGGAACUAUUAUGGCUUCUGAAAAACUGAAGUAGAAACAAUGUGUACGUUUCUGGAAAGGCAUUUUCUCAUCAUGGUGCAUUGUAAAGCCCAAGGAAGAGUGUCUAUAUAAAUAUUUAGUCUUUAUAGGUGUGUUGGUUUGCUUGUUUGUAGGUGCACAUGUAAUCUAGGAAUGUUCUAUAAUCUAUGAACUAGUCUGUAGGGAAAUAAAACCUUUUGCUAACUUAAACUGUUUGAAUUGAUGGCUUAUUGCCAGCAUAAAUUUAUCUAGGAAUUCUUUUGUUUAUCAUGA